AAACUGUGAUAUUCAUAGCAUUAAAUUUGUUGGAAGCUUACGUUGUAACCACACAUUCGAAGAGACAGUUUGUGAAGUCGAGUGUCCAACGGGGAUGAAGUUCAAGGAUCCGCAUCCACUUUUUUACCGAUGCAACCUUGAAGGGGUCUGGUUUCCAUCAGAGGCGCCAAUUUGUAUUGAUGAGUUGGAACAGCAAGUACAACAAGAAACAGGUGGAAAUAACGAUUAUUUUGGCAUUCUUAACGGAUUAGAUAAUAACUUACAUGAACGUGAAGAACCUAUUGAAGUCAUUUUUGACCAAAUGGGUAAUUUGGGAAAUACUCAACAAGAACUCGAAUCCCAACUCCCUCAUCACGAAAUUAACUCCUUGACCAACGAAAACCAACCUAACUACGUAAUUCCCGGACAGGAACAACCACCAAAUCAAUUGUUUGGGAUCGAGUUUGACCGACACAACCAAGAUAUUGGAAACUUUUGGAAUCCAUUUGAGCAGCAAACUCCUCAACAAGAGACUGAAGGUUCAGAUCAUAAGCAACAACAGAUUGAAGAAGUGACUUUGGUUUCUAGUGGAACGUGCGCCGCCUGGGGAGAUGUGCAUUUUCGGACAUUUGACGGCCGAUUGUAUGAUUUUCCUGGAAGCUGCAGCUAUGUUCUCGCCGCAGACUGUGUGGACAGCACUUUCUCCAUCAUUCUGUACCACGAUCCUGGCUGUUCGGAAGAUCUCCGUAACUGCAGGAGAAGUAUAGGGUUGGAUAUUGGGGAUAAAAAAUAUGUCGUUGCUCCAACAACUGCUGGUUUCGUGGUGACCAGGAACGGUGAACAACUUUCGGUGCCGUCAACCUCAGAUGGAUUGAUAUUUCAGAAAGUAGCACAAUACGUUCUCAUCCGGGGAUCUCUUGGAUUUACUCUCUGGUUGGAUGACCAGAAUAUCGUAUUGAUUGAAAUCACGAAAUCAUUGAUUCAAAAAACUUGUGGUCUUUGUGGCCGUUACGAUGACGUCAUCAAUAAUGAUCUUGAAAUGACUGAUGGGACAAUUGCCAGGGAUCCGGUUACAUUUGGAAAUAGUUGGAAAGUACCAAUUGAUACUGAAGGACAAGAAUGUGAUGACCCAGUGGCCGAGAGAAAGUCCUGUCAUUAUAACACUGUUAGCAGCAGAGAACAAUCUGAACGAGCCACGGAAAAAUGUUUCUCCAUUUUUGACAAACGAUUUGAUACUUGCCACAAGCUGGUGGAUUCUCAGUUGUACUAUGAAGCCUGUCAGGAGGAUUGCUGUUCCCAGUCUAACAGCCAGAACUGUGAAUGUACUAGCAUGGCUGAAUAUUUCAGAGAAUGUUUCCGGCUAGGUGGCGUGAUAAAUGAAGCCUGGCGGACAAGCAACAGUUGUCCUAUUCUAUGUGAGAAUGGAAAAGAGUACCAACAAUGUGGUUCGGCAUGUGAACGAACCUGUCAAAAUCCUGAACCCCCUUGCUCCCAAGAUUGGUGUGUCGAUGGCUGUCACUGCCCAAGAGGGAAAGUACUUAAUAAAGGACGAUGCAUUUCUCAAGAAGAAUGUCCUUGUGAUCACCAGGGUAGAGAAUAUGCUAGUGGAGAAGAGAUGCAACAGGACUGCAAUACAUGUUUAUGUCAGGGUGGUCAAUGGAUAUGUACAAAAGAAAUUUGUCCUGCGUUAUGUUCUGUAACUGGUGAUGCUCAUUAUACUACUUUCGAUGGUAAACGCUAUGAUUUUAAAGGAACCUGCUCCUACUACCUAGUUUACAAUGACAACUUUACUGUUGAAGAAGACAACUUAGCCUGCACAGGAGACUUGACUGCUCAUGGCUUCCGAAGACAAAACGGAAACUUCUUCUCUUGCAUGAAAUCUGUAAACAUACGCUCCCCGGAGGGCACUGUUGUAAAGCUAAAACAAAACUUAGAGGUUAUAGUAAAUGGAGAAGACAUCAAUUUCUUACCGCUCUCUGCCCCUGGUAUCUUUGUAACUCGUAUCUCUGGUCAGUAUAUCCAGGCUAAGCUUUCUAAUGGACUUUCCGUAUAUUGGGAUGGGAAACGACGAAUUUAUAUUGAAGCUCCCUCUGCACUUUAUGGCCGAACUAAAGGGUUUUGUGGUACUUUCAACCGUAAUCAAGCUGACGACUUUUUAACACGAGAGGGAGAUAAAGAAACAAAUCCUGUCGACUUUGGGAACAAGUGGAAGGUGAAAGAAAAAUGCCCGGAUGCGUUUCUUGGAGACGAAACAACGUCCCCUUGUGAUGGAAAUCAAGAGAGGCAAGCGAUUGGAGAAACUCUGUGUAAUCAGAUGAUGGAAAGCAUUUUUAAAUCCUGUCACCAGCAUGUCGCUGUUGCUCCAUAUUAUGAAAUGUGUUUGUAUGAUGUCUGUGCUUGUGAAGAAGGACUAGAAAGCUGCGCAUGCUCAGCUAUAGCACAUUACGCCGAAGCAUGCAGCCGACAAAAAAUACUCGUGAACUGGAGACCUCACAUGCCAGAGUGUGGGGUCCACUGUACGGGAGGGCAGAUUUAUCAACCGUGUGGACGAAGUUGUGAAUACACCUGCUCUCAGAUAGCCAUCCAGACAGAGUGUACUGACCGCUGUGUGGAGGGCUGUGCCUGUCCACAAGGGAUGACUUUAGAUGCUAACGGUAUUUGUACGUCUCUAUCUUCUUGUCCAUGUGUCCACAAUGGUAGAGAAUACACACCUGGAUUCCAACAGCUGAGGGGUGGACGGAUGUGUGAAUGUGUUGGUGGACGUUGGGAUUGUAGACCGGCUACACCAAAUGAAUUGCUAUUGACACCUGCUCCACAGAUUGAGCAACCAUUAUGUUCAGCAGCUGAUCACAAACAAUUUACAGACUGCCUCACAGACUGUCCAGUCACCUGCGCCAACAUGCAUAACCCACCAAAAUGUUCUAUGGCAAUCUGUAAACCUGGAUGCAGAUGUGAUGAUGGAUACGUUCUAGACUCCAAAAGUGGAAUCUGCUUGCGUGCAGAACAAUGUCCAUGCCAUCAUGGUGGACGUAGCUACGGCAACGGGGAUAUAGUAAAGGUGGAUUGUAAUACAUGCAUCUGUGAGGCUGGAACCUGGAAAUGUGAAGACAACGAAUGUAAAGGCGUCUGUACCGCGUGGGGAGAUUCUCAUUACAGGACUUUUGAUGACAAAAUCUACGACUUCCACGGCGAUUGCGACUACGUUCUUGCCAAGGCUAGAAUAGACGGGUCAGAAUCUUUUUCUGUUGUUGUACAAAACGUUCCUUGCGGUACUUUGGGCGUUACCUGUAGCAAAGGCAUUGUAUUUGCAGUUGGGGAGGAAAGCGUCACGUUAUCGCACGAUCAGCGAGUUCCAGUAUUACCACCAGUUUCAAAGUUUGAGAUCCGAGAAAUAGGACUAUUUGUUUACGUCAAAAGUGACGUAGGAAUAUCGGUACUGUGGGACAAGGGCACUCGAGUUUAUAUUCGAGCUGAUCCUGUGUGGAAAGGUAAGCUUAAAGGUUUAUGUGGAGACUUUAAUGACGAUGCUAGUGAUGACUUUAAGUUGCCCUCUGGUGGUGUCCCAGUGGCUAAUCCAGUAGAAUUUGGAGACAGUUGGAAAGUUUUCGAGUAUUGUCCUAAAUCGAAGCAACCCGAAGAUUCAUGCAUACGACGACCUCAACGAAGAAACUGGGCUUUAAAGAAGUGUGGAAUAUUGAAAUCGCCAAUAUUUCAACCCUGCCAUAGUAAAGUGCCCCUGGAGCCCUAUUAUCGCAGGUGUGUCUUCGAUACAUGCGCGUGCGAUACUGGGGGAGACUGUGAGUGCAUGUGCACAUCUAUUGCAGCCUACGCCCACGAGUGCACCUUCCAAGGUGUUAUGGUGCUCUGGCGGUCACAGGAGCUGUGUCCUAUCCAAUGCGACGAAAGCUGCGAUCACUAUAGUGGCUGCGUGUCUGUGUGUCCCAAAAAGACGUGUGACAACAGGGAGGAGUUCAAGAACUUGUCCAGAAACUGUGCUUCUGAGCCAUGCGUGGAAGGAUGUGCUCCCAAACCCUGCCCUCCUGGUCAAGUUCUCAAAAGUAAUCAAGAACACAUAUGUAUUCCAGAGGCUAAAUGUGAGAAACGUUCGUGUUCCGUUGGUGGACACAUGUACAAAGAUGGACAAAGGAUCGUGGACCCAUCUGUUGGAGACCAAUGCCAGUCGUGCUAUUGCCGAGAUGGAAAGGUUGAAUGUAAAGGAAAGCCUUGUCUCCCAACAAGAACUCUUCCUCCAACAACAAGCACACUUACUCCAGAGAUCGAGACAAUGAUGAUCCAGGUACAACAGUGCGACUUUUCAGGAUGGACACCAUGGAUGAACAGUAUCAUGCCUACUUACAAAAACGGAGGAGACUUUGAAAAACUGAGUACAACUUCACGAUUACGUAUAGUUUACCGUGACUUCUGCCCGAUUGUGAAUAUGACUGCUAUUCAGUGCCGAGUUGCAGGAACUUUGCAAUCAUAUCAGGAAGGUGGUCAAAAAGUGUCAUGUUCUUUACCAUCAGGAUUAAUUUGCUUAAACAAAAACCAGGAAGGUGCUCAGCUAUGUUUGGAUUAUGAAAUUCGAGUUUUCUGUGAUUGUGGACACUUGGUGCCAACUACUUUACCUUCCUCUUCGACAACAGUUAGUGUAAUAACACCCAGAGAAUUGAAAACCACUAGCACAUUAGCACCACCAGUUCCAGAAACUACUACCAGUUCAGCUGUACCAGUGGUACCACAAGUUACCACCACCCUAGCUCCACCCAUACCAGUGGUACCACAAGUUACCACCACCCUAGCUCCACCCAUACCAGAGACCACCACCACCACAGCUGCACCACCAGUGCCAGAAACUACUUCCAGUUCAGCUGUACCAGUGGUACCACAAGUUACCACCACCAUAGCACCACCCAUACCAGAGACCACCACCAGCACAGCUGCACCUCCAGUACCAGAAACAACCGAAGCAACAGCGCCACCAGUGGUAGAAAUCAUAACUUCCACUGUUUCUACACCAUUCCCUUGCAGUCCCGAUCAACACGGUUGGACAGAUUGGAUGAACAGUGAUGAUCCUACAGUUAACCCAGAUGGAGACAUGGAGACGUACAAUAAUUUACGACAACAAUAUGAUUUCUGCUAUCCACCGUUUCUGACUUCGGUUGAAUGUAAAGUGGCUGGAGAAACGACUUCAUUUAAUCAAGCGGGACAAAACGGCAUCACUUGUGACGUAAAUCGCGGUCUACAAUGUUUGCACUCGUUACAGGCACCAGGUCAUUCUUGUAAAGACUACGAAGUAAGAUUUUUCUGCAAUUGUCUUAACAUCACUACAACGACAUUAGCUCCAGAAACAUCAACCGCUCCAGCUUUUCCAUCAACUAAGAUCUCAAGCAUCCAGUGCCAUGAUGCUGAUUUUGAUCAAGACUUCACUGAGACUGGGGAGCUAGGACUUGCUUGUAGUGUAAAUAAGGGAUUUGUUUGCUCAAACGCUGAACAGCCUGAUGGAAUCUGUAAGGAUUACAAGAUUCGCUACUUCUGCUCUUGUGCAUCUUGUAAUGAAUAUAUAGACUUGGUUGGUGGGUCUUUACCCGAUUCAUUCUUCAGAGCUUCAAGUAGCCUCACUUCAGAAACUGGUCCACAGGCAGCUGUAAUGUUAGAAACCAUUGAACCGAGGGCAUGGACAGCAAGUGAAUUGAAUACUGACCAGUUCAUAGAAGUUAAUCUGGGAUACCCACAGGUUGUUUAUGGUGUAGUAACACAAGGGAAGGUGGGAUCUGAAGAAUGGGUGACAUCUUACACAGUUUUGUACAGCAGUAGUGAUGGAGAAUUAUUUAAAUACAUAGAAAACCCAGAUGGUACUCCAAAGCCUGGUGCAGUUAUUGAACAUGAGUGUGAAAAAUGUCAGUGCUUAAACAAUUCUCUUGUUUGCUACACAAUACACGGCUGUGGUGCAAAGAUGUUACUGACUCCUCCCUCAUUAAUUGAAACAAAAUCAAGACCAGUUCCCGAAAAUCCUACUCCUAUUAUUCAGGAUGAUUGUUGGACAUCGUGGAUUAAUCUGGAUGAUCCAAAAUCUGGAGGAGGAGACUUUGAAGAUAUGGCAACAAUUCGAGCCCACUAUAGCUUCUGUCCUGUCCCUGCUUUUAUAGAGUGUAGGGCAGUAAUAAAUAAAGAAGAUGCACAAGUCAUUGGACAAACAGUAGAAUGUGAUAAAAAGAAAGGAUUACAUUGCUGGAAUAACGUUAAUGGAAUUAAUGGAUGCUCGGACUAUGAAGUCAGAUUCUUCUGUCCAUGUGAAGCAUCUACAACACCACUCCAUCCUGGCAUCACCACUGUAUCUUCUACAGCCAAAACUACACCUGUUCCAGCCAUUUGUCAACCAGGCUGGACACCUUGGUUUAAUGGACACACACCCGACAGUAGUGGAGACUAUGAAACCAUGCAAACUCUAAGAGAUCAAGGUUAUAUAUUUUGUUCCGGUGAAGAAGUAACUGCUGUUGAAUGCCAGCAGGUAAAAACAACUCCUAAAACUCCACAGAAAGCCACCCACACUGACAGAGAUGUGGUUUGUGAUGUGCAACAUGGCUUGAUAUGCAAAAACAAAAAUCAAGUGAAGGGAAAUAAGUGUGAUGAUUAUGAAAUUAGGUUUCUUUGUGAUUGCUUAGAAGGAUCUACUCAGAGUACAGUAGCUUUAACAAAUGCUACCACUACUAUUUCUGGUAUAGUCUCUUUCAUCCCAUUCUCCAGUACUUUGCCACCAGCACCAGUCAACACUACUGCUGCUCCAGUGAGCAAACUAUCAACUCCUGCUGCCCCAAGUACUGUACAGCCACGUUGUGCUUACUGGUCUGACUGGAUCAACUUAGACAGCCCCUUGAAAAGUGGUUAUUUAGGAGAUAAAGAAACAACUUUACCUGAAACAUUGAGAGCAAAAGGAUUUUGUUCUGAGGUCCACAGUUCCGACCCUAUAAAGCCCUCAACUCCAACUUCUGUUGCACCAGUAACACCAACAUCACCAUGUCCUCCAGGAGUUGAUUGGGACUUCUGUGCUUUUCGCUGUGAACAAACCUGUAUCUCCUUCCUUAAGCAGCUCAACUCCCAUGGUGAGUGUAAAGCUGUAAGAUCAAAUGAACAAGAAGAUUGUGUAGCAGGCUGUAAACAUGUCUUCUGUCAACCACCUUAUCUCUGGAGAGAUGAAUACACCUGUGUUCUUCCACAGGAGUGCACAUGUGUUUUGGAUGAUGGCACAGUAGUUUCUGUGUUUUCAGGAAACUAUGACAGUUCUAAUAAGGUGGAACAAAUAUUUCCAAAUCCUAUCAAAGCAAAGACUUUGAGAAUUCAACCCAAAACAUGGAAGGGGCAGAUAUCACUAAGAUUUGGUGUUUUAGGCUGUUAUGAAGAACUUACAUCAGUCACAUCUGUGAAACCCAAAGAAGUCUGCUUGGAUCCAAUGGGCCUAGAAGAUGGAAUGUUAGCUGAUUCUCAAAUCACUGCUUCAUCCAGUCAUGAUACAAAACACAAACCAGAAAAUGCCAGACUUGGGGGUGAAUCUUGGAUGGCAGCUGUAUCUGAUGAUAAACAGUACUUACAGGUUGAUUUCUUGGAGCCACGUAAUGUUACAGCAGUCAUAACACAAGGUCGUGAUGGAGUGCCCCAGUGGGUGACAUCCUUCAUGGUUCAGUACAGUAAUAAUGGGAAGACAUGGAAUACCAUUACUGAUAUGACUGGAGAAAACAAGGUAUUCCCAGGAAACUUUGACAGCAACAGCAAAGUAACAAACUAUUUUCCAAGCACUAUUAGAACCAGGUAUUUGCGUAUCUUACCAGUUAACUGGAAAAAUUGGAUCAGCAUGCAGUUAGAAGUGUUGGGAUGUUUCCAUCCUUAUCCCACCACAACCACUACCAUUACUACUCCAAUGAUAAUCACAAGAGUGCCUGAACUUGUGAAAGAAUUUACCAUGUCUACCACCAUUACCAUUGUCUCAGAGUGCUCUGAUCCCAUGGGUUUAGAAAAUGGAAUGUUGUCAGAUGAUAUGAUCUCAGUGUCAUCAGCAAUUGCUAACAGUGGCCCAUCCCAAGUAAGGCUCGAUACUGUUGCUGACAAUGGUAAAGCAGGUGGCUGGGUUGCUGAAACAAGUGAUGAAAACCAGUAUCUGCAAAUUGAUUUUAGAACUCCUCGUACCAUCACAGGCAUCAUCACACAAGGUCGUGAUGAUGCUGAUGAAUGGGUGACUUCAUUCAUGAUGCUGGUCAGUAAUGAUACUGAAGCAUGGUUUCCAUUAUAUGGAAAGGAUGGUAAAGAGGAGAUCAUGGGUAACACUGAUAGAAACACCCCAGUUAUUCAUCACUUUCAAGUGCCUGCUUCCUCGAGAUAUGUUAGAAUUGUGCCCCUCAAUUGGCAUGAGAGGAUCGGCAUGAGAAUGGAAUUAGUUGGAUGCUACCACCCAUAUGAACAUCAUGCUACUGUCCCACCUCUGAUUGAUACUGGAACACCACCUGUACCUACUACAACAACUGAAGCCUGUGUUGAAUAUGGACCUUGGAUGAGCUUAUCGGUACCUAAACCCAGUGAAUUAGGUGAUAUUGAACCAAUAGAUGAAAUCAUUACUGCUACUGGCCUGUGUAGUAAUCCUGUAGGAAUUGAAUGUAGAGAGUACUCUACUGGUAGGAACUAUCGUAACAGUGGACAGAAGGUUUCCUGCGACCUUACUUGGGGCUUAAAAUGUCUUCAUGAAGAACAGAAAGAUGGGCUUUGUUUGAAUUAUGAGGCUCGAAUCAAGUGUUGGAGUUGUGGUACUGUUUCAACAUCUCCAACAACUAAGGCUCCACCUGUACUGUUAUGCCCUGAACUAACAGAAGCAAUGGCAAAAAAAUGUCCACUGAGCUGUCAAGAAGGACUAGUUUGUAAUGGUACAGCUUGUAUUGACCCUGUAGAUUGUGUCUGUGUUCAUAAAGAUAAAAUCUAUAGUCAAAGUGAUAUAAUAGAAACUUCAGACUGCCAAGAAUGCUUGUGUGUGAUUGGUGGACGAUCAAGCUGCUCACCAAAAGUUUGCCAACCAUGUCAACCCGGUCAAAAGUCAUCUCUUUUGGCCAAUUGUUCCUGUAUCUGUGAGGGUUGCCCAGAAAAUACGAUUCUCUGUCCAACUAGUGGAGAAUGCAUCCCUGAGAACCGGUGGUGUGAUAAUGUGAUUGACUGUCCAGACGAUGAAAAGAAUUGCAUAACAGUAGCACCUACAACAACAACAACAACUUGUCCACCUCCUGUUAUGGUCACUUGUCUUGAAGGGUAUACUGCGUCAAUAACAAAGCCAAGUGGUUCUUCCUGUAUAGAAUAUAAUUGUGUACCCAUCUCAACCACUGAGGCUACAACAGCUACUCUGUGGAUGACACCAACUCCAGUUCCAGAAGAAAAUGCAACCUGUGAGUUGAUCAACAAUCAUCUUCGAACGUUGGAUGGGCAAGAACUAGUAUAUGAUAUCUGUGAUCAUGUAGUGCUUCAAGACAUUCUCAACAAGGAAUUCAAUAUUACAAUCCACAAAGACUGUGAAUUAGGUAAUCCAAAGGACUGUAAGAAACGCCUAGAAAUCCACCAGGAUAAAGAUGUUGUCAAGUUAGAUUCUGAUCUGAAUGUUGAGCUAAAUGGUCAUUACUACACAGCUAGCCAGCUCACCAAACUUAAUCGUCACAGUACUAAUUAUACUCUACACCUUAUUGGUGACUUGGUGGUAUUUCGGUCACUGGUGAAUGAUUUUAGUAUCACAUGGGAUAAAAGGAUGAAUUUAAAAGUUGGGGCAUCCAAAGGAAUGAUGUACCAAGUUGCUGGCCUCUGUGGGUUGUUCAAUGGUGAGAAGGGAGAUGACAAGCAAAGACCUGAUGGAAAACUAGCAAACACUGGUGAGGAGUUUGGUGACAGCUGGUCAUCUGGAAUGAAGGAUCGUUGCACUCCCCAGACUUGCCCUGUAGACAUAAUGACAGAAGCUAUGGAAACAUGUAACCUGCUGAUGGAGAGACCAUUUGAUGAAUGCCAGAAAGUUGUUUCAGUUGAGAGACAUGUUCAGGCUUGUUUAAGCAGUUUAUGUGAGUGUCUUCAAAAAUCGAACACAUCAACAGAAGACUGUAAGUGUGAUGCCUACCUGCCUCUAGUUCAAGCCUGUGAAACCAAGCUCGCACGUCCAUUACAAGGGUGGAGACUUAAGCAUGGAUGUGUUCCAACUUGUCCACCUGGUAUGGAAUGGCAUGACUGUGGACCUUCUUGUGAUCUAAGUUGUGAAAAUCAGAACUAUGACCAAGAAGUUUGUAGAAAAGAGUGUGUCCCUGGCUGCUUCUGUCCUCCAGGUACUGUCAGAGAUGGAGAGACCUGUAAAGCCCUUGACCAAUGUUCUGACCAAAUUUGUCAAGGAUUUGGUGAUCCUCACUUCCAGACAUUUGAUGGAUGGUUCUUCCCUUUUCAGUCAACAGGAUUUUUUACUCUUGCUACUGAUAAAGCCAAAACAUUUGUAAUUGAAGGAACCACUGAGAUGUGUAGCAUUGAUUCUGAUGUCACUUGUAUCACAGCAUUGAGUGUUACUUACAAGAAACACACUGUGAUUGUUCGGAAAGGCGAAAGAGUUAGACUUGAUGGACAACCUUUUUCAUGGGAUGAGCUACCAAAGAAUGCUGGUGGAAUGACUGUUGUUGGAUUUCCUGGUCAAACUAUUAUUGUGAUCAUUCCUGACCUCAGUAUCCAGGUCCGUUACUUUGAGAUGAAUGGUGGAUUCUCAAUUAUGGUACCUUCUCGAAGGUUCUUUGACAAAGUCGAUGGAUUAUGUGGUAAUUGUAAUUUCAAGCGUGAUGAUGAUAUGAAAACAAAAAAUGGAACAGUUGUAAGUGACACUGGAGAUUUUGUGUGUAGUUGGCUAAAUGAAGGAAACCUACAGGAAUGCAAAACAUCAUUUGAAAAACUGCCAAAUGUUACAGUCCCACCAUCUGUCUGCAAAGAACUGUGGAAUGAAGAGUUCCAGUCUUGUCAUCCUCUUGUAGCUCCAGAAAUGUAUAACCAAGCAUGUCGUUACGAUGUUUCUCAUGGAGGUGACAUGAAGACUUCUGUGUGUAAAGCUAUAAUGGAAUAUGCUCGGCAGUGCUGCCAGGCAGGUGAAACCAUUAAAGAUUGGGUUGAAAAAUAUGGCUGCAAUGUAACCUGUCCAGAUGGUAUGGAAUACUUUCAGUGUCAUGAUGCUUGUCCAGAAACUUGUGGUAAUACUACCAUGGGAAUGGAUUGUCAUGAGAUUAAGGUGGAUGGUUGUUUCUGCCCAGAAGGAAAAGCAUUACGUGGAGAUCAGUGUAUUCCUGCAGCUCAAUGUGAAACAUGCGAUGAAGAAGGGCAUUUGCCUGGAGAUACCUGGACAGAAGGGGCAUGUCAGCGGUGCCAUUGUACUUCUACUUAUAGAGUGGAAUGUUUGCAAGAACUGUGUGCUUCACCUCCAGUUUGCUAUAAAGAUGAAACAUUAAUCACUAUCCCUCCAGAAAAUGGAACCUGUUGUCCCAAAUUUAUUUGUGAACCUAUUCAACCAACUGCAUGUCCUGCUCCUGUGGUGCCAGAGUGUUCACCUGGGCAGGUAGCCAAACUUUCUCGAACCAAAGAAGCAUCUGGUGUCUGUAACUCGUAUGAAUGUGAAUGUGACUCAGCAUUGUGUCCACCCGUUCGAUGGCCUGAUAGUCUAGAAGUUGGACAACACUCAGAACUGGUGCGAUCAGACUGUUGUAGUAAAGUUGUUGUCAUCUGUCGACCAGAAAUUUGUCCUGUAGCCCCAACCUGUGCUCCUGGGUUAGAUCUAAAGGAAGUAGAAGGCGAAUGUUGCCCUAUUUAUAGAUGCAAGCCACCUGAAGAUAUGUGUGUUUACAGCAAAAAGUAUGAAGUGAUUGGUGGAGAGGAGAUUUCUAUAGCUCCUGAGGAUCAGACAUUUUCGAAGUACAAGCCUGGAGAGGUGUGGAAAGAUGGACAUUGUCGUAACUGCACCUGUGAAGGAACUCCUGGUCAGUAUACUCCUCAGUGUGUGUUUGAACAGUGCCCCUCUGUGGAGAGCUUGCCAGAUGAUAAGGACUAUGUUCUGACCACUGUAAAUGUUCCCGGGCAGUGCUGUCCAACUGUAGUACGGCUGUUCUGUAAAGAUGCAGAUGGCAACGUCCAUGGAGUGGAUAGUGAAUGGCAAGACAAGAAUGACCCUUGCAAAUCAUACAGUUGUGAAUUGACUUCAACUGGUGAGAUGACAAAAGUGUCAAAGUCAAAAACUUGUCAGGAAUGCCCCAAGACCUCAGAAUACAUCCCUCCAAAAGCUAGUCUGCAACAGUGUUGUGGUAUUUGUCGACCAGUGGCUUGUGAAGAGGGAGAUAACUUACACAAAGUUGGAGAAAAAUGGAAUUCUACUGUGUUCCAGUGUUAUACUGCUGAGUGUGUGAGAGAAGGGGAAGGUGUGCGAACUCUUUAUCGAAGUCCCCGUUGUUCAGCUGUUCCUGAAAACUGUCCACAGGAUCAAGUUGUUUGGGAUGACAGUGGCUGUUGCCAGAAGUGUAACAUGACACCUAGUAUGUGCACACCUGCUGCAAUCCCUAUAGAAGAUACCAUUGAAUUUUUUGGUGACUUUGAUCCCAUUCAUGGUUUUUGUUUGAAUAAGAAACCAGUUUUUGGUCUUCUUGAAUGUGCCGGGAAAUGCAACUCACAUUCAUAUUUCUCUAUGGAUAAACAGUACUUCCAGAAUAAAUGCCAGUGUUGUCAAGCAGUGUCGUGGGAAGCUCGAGAAGUGGAUCUGCAGUGUAAAGAUGGCGAGACAGUAAAAAGAAAGUUCCAGCAACCUACAGAUUGUCAGUGCACUCCUUGUGCUGCAAGCAAAGAAGAUUAUAAUUCAUUGUCAUUGCAACAAAGGCAAAAUAAUCAACAGGGCCAGAACAACUGGGGUCAGAGUCAACAAGAACAAUUACCAUGGGGUCAGACUCAGCAAGGUCAGCAAGAGCAGUUACCAUGGGGUCAAACUCAGCAAGGUCAACAAGAGCAGUUACCAUGGGGUCAGACUCAACAAAGUCAGCAAGAGCAAUUACCAUGGGGUCAGACUCAACAAAGUCAGCAAGAGCAAUUACCAUGGGGUCAGACUCAGCAAGGUCAGCAAGAGCAGUUACCAUGGGGUCAGACUCAGCAAGGUCAGCAAGAGCAGUUACCAUGGGGUCAAACUCAACAAGGUCAACAAGAACAGUUACCAUGGGGUCAGACUCAACAGGGUCAACAAGAACAGUUACCAUGGGGCCAGACUCAACAGGGUCAACAACAGCAGUUACCAGGGAAUGAAGAAUUGGAACUUGGUAAAGAAGAACAACAGUUGAACCUAGAAGCACAGCAACAGAAAAAUUCACAAGUGGAACAAUCAGAAGUAUUAGAGCCAUGGCAAAAGCCAAAACAAAAGAAAUUUUCACUACCCAAAUUUGUGGGAAUGAAGGGUGGGAGGAAUAGAGGAGUAAAAGGUGGAAAUCAAGUGUUUGGACCACAUUGGCCAUGAACAAGAUCAUUACUUCAUGUAUCAAAUAUGGUUUUUUUCUUCCUACCAAUAUCUAAUUUUGAAGAAUCUUUCAACAGCUUUUUUUAGUGUUCCUGAAAAUUGUUUAUCGUAAAGUUUUUCAAAACAGCAUUCUUCAAUUACUUUUUAAACUGAACAAGGAACAAAAUAUUGUAUAUGGAAAUGUAGUUGAAUUAAAUAUAUUUCAUUGUUUGUUAUA